AUGUGGUUCCCUGAUUUUCGGACGAGAGACUUUCUCCUCUAUGUCUUAAUGUUUGUCACCAUAGGUUUGGUGAAAGUCGAAGCAGUUUAUGAUGAUGAAGCAUUUGACACCGACUGGCAUUUGGAGAACAUAGGGCGCUACGAGUGCGCCGUGAAAGUGAGUAAUGAGCACAUUGGGAUCAUAUCGGGUUACCAAGACGCCUCAAUGUUUUCAGUUUUGAAUUCUUCAAAUGGAGGCAUCGUGUCUCGACAACCUUUAACGUUCAUUGUAGCAGAUACCAUGACUCUAGAAGACUCUAAAAUUGCCUUGAAAUCUGAAAAUGGCGAGACUCAUAUACUAGACACCAAAAGUGGACUUUUUGUGGGCGACGAAAUCACCGUGUUUUCGUCGUCCUGCAAACCAGAUUUUUCAGUGGUAACUAUCGAUCAAGGUAAACUGCAGAUAAACGGUCUGUCAUCGCCAGAAAUCGAGCACUUUCAUGUUGACUUACCAACUGAUUUCGAACAGAUACUCUUCUUGGAGGCUAGCAACGACGGCUUCCUUCAAGCACUAGUGGCCUGCAAGGGUUUAAAAUACUCCUACAUUCAAUACGAAAACUUCGUACCCACAGCACAAUGGAGCCGUGAUGAGUCGCUUACAGAUAUAUGCGCUUACACGUACAUGUCCCUUGAGCCAGUUUCAACCACAAGGAUUACAAGGGAGCUGGAAAUCGACGAGCACAUGCCCGUAUUCGAGGCCUAUAAACGCAGGGCAAUACUUAGCCUUGAAAGAGUCAAAAAGGCGUUUGUUGCCAGAAGAAUUUCUCCAGGAAGGCUUAUCAAGGAAGCAUUGGAGAAUGAUGAUCAGGAAACCUUGAGGCAACGCAAUAUUGACUUUGGGUUUUUCAAACUUUUGAUAGUGGCGUCUAAUACGGGCCAAAUCUCAGCUUUGAGCUCCAUCGAUGGCAGUAAGCUCUGGACAGUAGACACUGGUCUCGAGGACAUCAUAGAACUCGAAAUUGUCAAAACCAAUUCUGAGCUUGUAGUUUUCACCAGUUCAGGGUUUUCGAUAGUCUUUGACAUCAAGAGCAUAGAGGAAGAACCGAAACUUGUCCGGAAACAGGGCAUUGUUCCUUGCUCUUCUAUAAACAGGUUGGGUUCGAGUGACACUUUCUUCGCCAAAACAAAACAAGGGUUUAGGGUCGUUAUCGAAAGCGGCGUACCGCUGUCUGAAAAUGUGAGCUAUAUUGUGGAUCACGAAGCUGGAGGUUUAAGUGCAUUUGUUCUUGAGCACAAUGAUUUGAAAGAAAGCUGGACAGUUGACCUGUCGCCAAAUGAGAAAAUAGUUGGCUACGCAGGCAAGACUCAUGGUCACACUGUCAGUGUUGGAACAAUCUUGGGCGAUCGUACAGUACUUUACAAAUAUUUGUAUCCAAACUUGGCCGCCUACGCAGUGUCUGAUGAGUCGGCUGGCGUGCUGCGGUUCCAUAUCAUUGACACGAUCACCGGUGAGCUCGUGCACUCUUAUUUCCACGAUGAAAAGGUCAACGUUGAGAAGCCCGUCAACAUGGUUUUUGGCGAGCACUGGUGUAUUUACACCUUUUUCAGCUCGGAACCCGUACCAGAACAAAAAAUUGUCGUUGUUGAGCUGUACGAGUCCCUGACCCCAAAUGAAAGAGACUCAGUCCCUGACUCAUGUGCUGAUCCACUAUUCUAUGCUCGAAAACCAGAAGUUAUCACUCGGGCUUACCUAUAUCCAGAAAUUAUUCGAAAUCUGGCUUUGACAGCUACCAAAUUUGACGUUACGACAAAAGCAGUUUUACUUGAACUCGAAAGUGGUCAGAUAACUUACUUGCCAAAGAGUGUUGUGAGUGGUCGAAGAAUUGAAGAAUCAAAAAUGACGGACGCGGAUAAAAAAGAGUUCAUGGCUCUGCCCUACUUGUGCGGAAUUCCUAUAAACGAUCAAUCCAUCUUAACACAUUACAGAACAUUUUUCCCCGGUUCCAAAUCUUCCCUCCUUUCAAUCCCAACCAAUUUGGAAUCUACCACUCUGAUAUGUGACAUUGGCCACGACAUAUUUUGCACAAGACUUUCACCAUCGCUACAAUUCGACAUGCUCAGCCCAUCGUUUGAGAAGGGUAAACUGCUUUCUACUGUCCUUGGGCUACUGCUUAUAUGCUACUUUCUGAGACCCAUGGUAAACUCGAACAGACUGAAGACAAGAUGGUUGGUGAAGAGCUAA